AACUAUGUAUUUUCCUAGGAUACUUGCACGAGCUGCUGGUGGAAUUGGAGGGAAUGGGAGGUGGUGGAAAGUUAGAGCUAGAGGUUAAGUAUAAGAGUUUUGAAGUAAUUGAUGAAGAAAAGAAGUGGUGGAGGAUCCCAUUUAUUUCAGAGUUUCUUAAAGAGAAGGGUUUUGACGCGUCACUGAAAACAUUAAUUGGAUCCGAGACUGUACCAGCAAGUCAAUUUGUACAGUAUGCUUUUGGACAGCUAAAGGCAUUCAAUGAUGCUUCCCUUCCGAAGGAUGGCCUUUUAAGCAGUAAUAAGGAUGACAAUGAAGUUGUUAAUGCAUUCAACAAUUCCACUAUUGCAUCAGACCAACUUUUGCAGGUGCAGAGUAGCUCAGAAAUCACUUUGAAUGAUAGAAGCAGUGCUAAAGGGAGCAAUUUAGGGGACAGGGAAAAUGAUAACAUGGGUGGCGGACAUUGUACCGAACCAAUGACUAAAGUUGAUGAAAGUACAAAAUCAAAUACACAUUUCUGGAAGAACUUUGCAGAUGUUAUCAAUCAUAAUGUUGUCCAGAAACUUGAUCUUCCUCUUCCUGAGAAAUUUAAGUGGGAUGGGCUAGAUUUACUUAACAGAAUUGGGUUACAGUCACUAAAGAUUGCAGAAGCGGGUUAUAUUGAAUCAGGGCUUGCAACUCCAGGUGGUCAGGAUGUUGGUAAAGAUAAAGCAAGUGUCCCAACUGACAUUAGCACUGUUCAGUCUUCACUUCCAGAUAUAAAGAAAGCAACACAGGAUCUGUUGAGGCAAACUGAUACCAUUCUAGGAGCAUUAAUGGUUUUAACUACAGCAGUUCCUCACUUUAACAAGGAAGCACUUUUUGCGAGGAAGAGUGACACUGAAGAACAGUCUUCCACCAAAAUAGAAGGUGAUAUCCAUGGGAACAAAGGGGCUGAGAUACUUCCUGGAAAACUGGAUGGCACAUUAUUGGAUGAAAAGAAAUCUGAGGAGAUGAAAGCACUUUUUUCAACGGCAGAAAGUGCCAUGGAGGCUUGGGCAAUGCUUGCCACUUCACUGGGUCAUCCAACUUUUAUUAAGUCUGAAUUUGAGAAAAUAUGCUUUUUAGAUAAUGAGACCACAGACACCCAGGUGGCCAUCUGGCGUGAUGUAGCACGGAAAAGACUAGUUGUUGCUUUCAGGGGGACGGAACAAUCAAAGUGGAAGGAUCUGAUAACUGAUUUAAUGCUAGUUCCUGCUGGGUUAAACCCCGAGAGAAUUGGUGGAGAAUUUAAGCAAGAAGUGCAAGUUCAUAGUGGAUUUUUAAGUGCAUAUGAUUCGGUUAGGAUGAGGAUUAUUUCUCUGAUAAAAUUGUUAAUUGGCUACAUGGAAGAUGCUGCUCAGUCACUACACAAAUGGAAUGUUUAUGUAACUGGUCAUAGUUUGGGUGGUGCAUUAGCUACCCUCCUCGCGCUUGAACUUGCAUCAAGUCAAUUAGCAAAGCAUGGGGUAAUUUCUGUCACUAUGUAUAACUUUGGAUCUCCUAGAGUUGGUAACAAAAGAUUUGCAGACAUUUAUAAUGAGAAAGUUAAAGAUAGCUGGAGAGUUGUAAACCAUAGAGACAUAAUACCUACUGUUCCUCGCUUGAUGGGUUAUUGCCAUGUGGCUCAACCUAUUUAUCUAGCAGCUGGAGAUUUAAGAGAUGCCUUGGAAAAUAUGGAGCUUAUGAAGGAUGGUUACCAUGGUGAUGUGAUUGGGGAGUCCACACCUGAUGUCCUUGUCAGUGAAUUUAUGAAAGGUGAAAAGGAACUUGUUGAAAAGAUAUUGCAAACUGAAAUAAAUAUAUUUCGUGCAAUUCGAGAUGGAAGUGCACUUAUGCAGCAUAUGGAGGAUUUCUAUUAUAUCACAUUACUAGAGAAUGUGAGAUCUAAUUACCAAAAUGUUGCGCGUGUACAAAACAAUGAAGAAGGCAGUGCAUCAAUUAGCUAAUGAGGCUAUAGCAAUGUUCAUAAAUUCCUUUUAUCAGGCAAUAUUCCUAUACUGGUGCAAGCCAUUUCAUGUUUCCACUAAUAUAAGGUCUGGUUGUACAGCCUUUUUAACAUUUUUUUCUGAAGUUACAUUUGUUAAGAUACUCCUACAAAAACUAUCUCAAUAUAGGUUUUUGUACAGAUUAAAUCAUAUUAUCAUUUUUUGCCA